GCUUCGUGGCGUGGGACAAGGAGAAGCCAAACGUAAAGACACCAGGAGUUUAUCGGGCCCAGGUCUGGCUGCUGCCGGGGAGCUUCAAGCCUUUGCGGGUUCUUGCAGCGAAUAGGAGUCUGGGCAGGCGUCAGGCUAGUCCGACGGAGAGUGGGUGUGAUCAGCACUGGAAAAGAUGCCUGCCCCUGCUGCCACAUAUGAAAGAGUAGUUUACAAAAACCCUUCCGAGUACCACUACAUGAAAGUCUGCCUAGAAUUUCAAGAUUGUGGAGUUGGACUGAAUGCUGCACAGUUCAAACAGCUGCUGAUUUCGGCUGUGAAGGACCUGUUUGGGGAGGUUGAUGCCGCCUUACCUUUGGACAUCCUAACCUAUGAAGAGAAGACCUUGUCAGCCAUCUUGAGAAUAUGUAGCAGUGGUCUUGUCAAAUUGUGGAGCUCUUUGACCCUGUUAGGAUCCUAUAAAGGCAAAAAAUGUGCUUUCCGGGUGAUUCAGGUUUCUCCAUUUCUCCUUGCAUUAUCUGGUAAUAGUAGGGAACUAGUAUUGGAUUGAAUGAAUAGUCUUCCAUUUUGGAAACAUUCCUCCACUCUCAUAUUUAUUUUUUGGUGCCUGCAUGUUUGAAGACUGAAGCAGGCUAAAAGCUCUUGAUGAAAUUUGUGGGUGCUGAAGAUGUUCCCACUAAUUUCCAGCCAUCGCUUUUGGUGGGGUGGGCUUUGGAGGACAGUCUGCCUGAACCUACCAGUGCUGACCCUGCAGCACUUUCAGCAUAUGCACAUCAAAGUUGGAGACCGCGCUGAACUUAGGAGGGCCUUCACACAGACAGAUGUGGCUACCUUCUCAGAAUUAACGGGGGAUGUCAAUCCUUUGCAUUUAAAUGAAGACUUUGCAAAACACACCAAGUUUGGAAAUACAAUUGUACAUGGAGUUUUAAUCAAUGGACUUAUCUCAGCUCUCCUGGGAACUAAAAUGCCAGGGCCAGGUUGUGUAUUUCUUUCCCAGGAAAUUAGCUUUCCAGCCCCUUUAUAUAUUGGAGAAGUUGUUUUAGCUUCUGCAGAAGUGAAAAAGCUGAAGCGGUUCAUUGCUAUUAUUGCAGUGUCAUGUUCUGUAAUAGAAAGUAAAAAGACUGUUAUGGAAGGCUGGGUUAAAGUUAUGGUUCCAGAAGCUCCCAAAUCCUGAAAUAUGUGUUUAAAGAUGCAACCUCAAACACCAAUGCUGUAGUUAAAGAGCCUCUGGGGAAAUGGAUUGCUGCUUUUCACCAAAGAAUGGUUGAUAGGCCCAAAAGCCCAUCUUAGUUAGGGGAAGAGAGCAGGUAGAGUGUUGUUCAAAUGCCAACUUUCCAGUUUGGCCUUAUGCUUCAUGCAGACUUGAGUGUAUGCAGGAUUUUCAUUAUCUGCCUGGCUUUUUUGUUUUUUGCUUUUUAAUUCAAGAAGUGGGCUGGGCCCAGCGGCUCAUGCCUAUAAUCCUGGCAUUUUGGGAGGCUGCGGCAGGCAGAUCACUUGAGGUCAGGAGUCCAAGACCAGCCUGGCCAACAUGGUAAAACCCCAUCACUACCAAAAAAAAAAAAA